CUCCUUCCUCAUCCUGCCACUGUUUCCAACAGCUGAUUGCAGAUAAAGAGAAAGCCAUAGAAGGCCUGGAGUCCAAGGGGGGAAAAAGGAGUUGAGGGGGAAAAAAAAACAACACGACGAUGGACCACAACAACCUUCAUGCAUCCAAAAUAAUGCUUGUUUUGAUCAUUUAACACGGGGGACGCCGCGGUGCUAGCUCCGAGCCGGCUUACACUGUAGCGGAUUUGCUAAGGCUAACUUUACAAACAUCAGAAGAUAGGACGCGCAGUUUGCCCUGUUUUGUUUUUUAUAUUUCAUUUUAUUUAUUAGCGCCGAGGCGUUUAAAGAUCUAGCUAUAGACGUUUCUAAUGGCGUGAUUAUUAUUUUUUAAUUACGUCUUUAUACACAAGACAAGAACACACUUAGGUCUUCUAACAUAACUGUUGUUAAUUAGCCGGUUAACCAAGCUGGGCUACGGUUAGCUAGCAAACAAAGAUGAUUAGCUAGAAUUGCCUUGCCAAACAUUUAGGUUACCAGGACGUGUAGUUCGGUCUCCUGAUGCGCUACCGGAAUAAGUGUUUAUAUGUGCGUAUUCAGUUGUGUUGACCUUAAUAAACCGUAGAUAAAUUUCGUACAUUUAUUUGCGCGAAGUGACGUUAAAUUCACGUUAGUCCGCUGUCCUGUCGCAUAGUAUGCCUAUUAGCUAACUAGCUUAGCUACUCAGACUACCGUUUAUGGUCCAGACAGAGCGCCGUGUCUCAAUGAUUAUUUUGUUCCCUUGUUUUAGGGGCUAUGCCACAUGCGCCCUCUCUCGUGUCUUAUCUAGCUCGAAGUAAACCCGAACUAACCGUAGCUACCUCAACAAACCUUUAGCUAGCUAAGACAAGUUGUGUGCAGGAGACUAUGAGCAAUUUCCACUGUAUUUAACUGCGUUCGCUGCUGUUGAGUGCGAGUGAGAAUAAUGGCUUGCUAACACACGUAUGUUUUAAUUACUCGCAAUAUAUUUUAAGUAUUUUAAUGGGAUUAAUAAGCGUGGCUGAACGUAGCCAAUCCUCCUGGACCGCCGGCUCGCUCUAACAGAAAUGGCCUUUCAUGGCUCCGCUCGGCCCGCUGUGUGUGGAAACUUGUUCCCAGCUUCGGAUUUGGGCCACAAAUAUUUCUGUGUGAACACUUCAGGAAGUAACGCAGCCUGCAGCGGCUUAAACGGCUCCCAGAACCCAGCUGGGCCCAGUCAGCCGGCCGAGACACCGCGACACCCGUCGACUAUCGGAGGGAGCACGGGUGGAGGAGCAGCGGUACCUCAGCCUCACAGCAGCCCGGCCAGCGAGGUGCCCUGCCCGGCUGAGAUGGAGCCAGACAGGCCGAUCGGUUACGGAGCGUUUGGUGUCGUGUGGUCAGUGACAGACCCCCGGGAUGGACGGAAAGUUGCUCUCAAAAAAAUGCCCAAUGUCUUCCAGAACCUGGUCUCCUGUAAGCGCGUCUUCAGGGAGCUCCGCAUGUUGUGUUUCUUCAAACAUGACAAUGUAUUGUCUGCUCUGGAUAUUCUGCAGCCUCCACAGAUCGACUGCUUUGAAGAGAUAUAUGUGAUCACAGAACUGAUGCAGAGUGACCUGCACAAAGUCAUAGUCUCUCCACAGCCUCUCACCACCGACCACAUAAAAGUGUUCCUCUACCAGAUACUCAGGGGCCUGAAAUACCUGCACUCUGCUGGAAUUCUGCACAGAGACAUUAAACCAGGGAACUUGCUGGUCAACAGUAACUGUCUCCUCAAGAUUUGUGACUUUGGGCUGGCUCGAGUUGAAGAACCCGACUCCUCACGUCACAUGACCCAAGAAGUUGUGACUCAGUACUACAGGGCCCCUGAGGUUCUGAUGGGCUCACGGCAUUACGGGUCAGCCAUAGACAUCUGGUCUGUGGGCUGCAUCUUUGCCGAGUUAUUGGGUCGCAGAAUCCUCUUUCAGGCCCAGAGCCCUAUUCAGCAGUUGGAUCUGAUAACUGAUUUAUUGGGAACUCCUCCAUUGUCUGCCAUGGUAUCUGCAUGUGAGGGUGCUCGAGCUCACAUCCUAAGAGGACCUCACAAACCGCCGUCACUGUCUGUUCUAUACAUGCUGUCAGACGGAGCCACCCACGAGGCUGUUCAUCUUCUGUGCCGCAUGCUAGUUUUUGAUCCAGCUAAGCGGAUCUCCGGCAGCGACGCGCUCUCUCACCCAUAUCUAGACGAGGGCCGCUUGCGGUACCACACAUGCAUGUGUAAGUGCUGCUACUCGGUACCCAGUGGCAGAGUCUACACCAGGGACUUUGAACCUGCUGCAGAGAGGCCCUUUAGCCACAGCUACGAGGAGAGCAUGCUUUCUGUCUGGCAAGGCAAAGAGCUCAUUCACCGUUUCAUCACUGAGCACCAGCAGGGCAAAAGAGUGCCUUUGUGCAUCAACCCCCAGAGUGCAGCCUUCAAGAGCUUCAUCAGGUCCACUGCAUGGCAUUCCUCUAAAGUAUCGAGGAAAGAAGAGAGAUGAGACGAGGAGUCUUAAAAUAGGAGUCAUGGGAGACGUAGUCGACUACAGGAGCAUGCUUGUGCUUGAGAUGAAUGACUGUUUACAUUUGGUUCUUGUCAGAUUAUGUAGGUUUAAAUGCCUAGGCCUGGUGCUAAGUUUGGCACAGGAUGAACAUCCUAACAUUUGUCCAAAAAAAACAAA